CUAAGCGGUGUUCCCUCCAAGUAUUUCUAACAAACUUCUAGUCCCAUUCUCUCUCCAAUUUCCCCAAAUUCACAAAACCCUAAAUCGAAGAAUCUCAGUCAUACAGUGAUGGAGGACCUCGUCACGGAGGCCAGUCCUGGCAAGGCCGCCACGCCGCCUCCACCGCGCCGCAGCGUCCGGCGGAGGCUGGUCCAGUCUACUCUGUUUCCUCACAAGCCACCUGAGCACAAUGCGAAGGACAACGACGAUAAAGGCAACGAAAAUGACGACGAGUACUUUCCCUCUAGCAAGAAAAAGAAGAGGAAGCCGAAUCCGAAGCCGAAGCCGAAGCUCACUCCUCCUGAAAAACCCUCCAAGAAUAGCACGCCGAAGAAGAAUGCAUCAGCUAAUGGGAACAAGAGGUCAACUUCGAAGCAAGUGUUUACUGAUUCUGACGAGGUUGCUACACAUGUUCCUGAUUUACGGUUAGAGGCAAAAAUCUCAGCUGAGGAAAAUGCGAGACUGUUUGCAGGACGGCAAAUACAUCCGUUUUUUUCCUCAUGGAAGGCCCUGAAAAAAUCUCAGGAGCAGGCUGAAAUAGGAAAUAAAUUUUGUGCACAUAAGAAGGAUAAUGAAGCAAUUACAUGUGGUCCUAUCCAUGUAUUUGAAAAUGUCCAGGAGGAUACCUUAUGCCUUGACUGGAGAAACUGGACCUUUUUGGGAAAGGAUACCUAUGUGAAUUAUGCUCCUGAAAGUUAUGAUGAUAAGACUCUUAGUGCUUUGGAUACUUCAGGUGUUUCAAUUUCUCAUAAUGCAUUGACUUUGUCAGAUAGACUCUCUAUCCAGCCAGAAAACGUUCAGGCAACAUCACUGUCAGAAAACUUAGCCGUGCCAGCAAAUGAACAAACAAUUUUUCCUCAAAUGCUAAAAGAUGCUGAAGUGGACUUGAAAGUGGAUGAAUCUGUUACUUUUUCUGGGCAAGCUCGCAUUUUCAGAAAGUCAUAUGCUGAUCCACUCAGUAGAUUUCUGCAAGAAAGUAUGAAGUCUUACUACCACAACUGUAAAGAUAAGGCUGACAACAGCUUAUGGACAUACAAGUACAAGCCAACAAAGGCCACUGAGGUUUGUGGUAAUGAUGAGUCGGUCAAUAUUUUGCGUGACUGGUUACAACAAUGGCAUGAAAGACGUUACCAGGGGAGGAAGAAUUCCUCUAACAGGGAUAAAUGGGACAUGCAAGAUGGUGAUGAUGAUGAUGGUGAUUAUAACUGUUCUCUCAGUGAUUAUGAUUCAGAAGAUCUAACUGAGGAGGAUUCCCUGCACAAUGUUCUUUUAAUUACAGGGCCAAUAGGGAGUGGCAAGUCUGCUGCUGUCUAUGCUUGUGCUCAAGAGAAAGGGUUUGAGAUUUUUGAGCUCAAUGCAUCGCAUUGUCGAAAUGGGCCUGCUGUCAAACAGUAUUUUGGAGAUACUCUUGGUUCGCUUGGUUUCAAAAGGUUACCAGAAGACAUUGAAAGUUCACAAAAGAAAACAAUGAAAUUAUCCCCUGCUAUGGCUUUGCCCAAGGAUAAAACAGCUGAUGAGAUGGAUGAUGGGAUGGUUGAACCAAUAACCAUAUCUGAUGAUGAAGCUUGUGGCCCUGCUGGAACAUCACAGAAGUUACCUUGCAAAAAUAGUGUACUUACAUGUCAUAAAGUCCAAACUUUAAUUCUAGUUGAGGAGGUAGACAUCCUUUUUCCUGAAGAUCGCGGAUGCAUUGCUGCCAUACAACAGAUUGCUGAGACAGCAAGGGGGCCAAUAAUAUUGAUCAGCAAUAGUGAUGAUCCCCGCCUGCCAGAUAAUUUUGAUAGGCUCAAUCUUUCUUUCUCUUUGCCAUCUCCUAAGGAGUUGUUUUGCCAUUUGUACAAGGUUUGUGUCUCUGAAGGAGUCAACAUCCAUCCUCUUUUACUGGAGAAGUUUAUACAGUCUUGUAAUGGAGAUAUCAGGAAAACCAUUAUGAACCUCCAGUUCUGGUUUCAGAGUAUGCAAUUUGGAAAAGAUGGAAAAGCACAAAUAGGUUAUGGCUCACUUCCAUUUGAUCUUGAGCUUGGCCAUCAAAUCUUACCAAAACUAAUUCCCUGGGAUUUCCCCUCAGAAUUAUCUGAAUUAGUUGAAAAAGAACUUGCAAACUCAAUAUCUAUAACAGAAGAAAACUCUAGGUUGCAAGGUAUGCAAAAUGAUUUAGAUGCGCAUGAUAUGGAUACUGAUUAUAGAGAGGCCAAGAAGUUGGAGAUGAUAAAGCGGAAUGAGACUACAGCUGACUAUACUGAGCUUGAAAUUCAAUAUAAUAUUUCUGAGUUUUCUGAUUCUUUUGGAUCCCCACAAGCUUUGCCAACACAAAAUGAUGGUCGACGGAAACUUAUAGUGAUGUCCUCUGAUUCUGAGGAUGAGGAUCCAAAUAAUGUACAUCUGCAAUGCACUCAUGAUGAAGCUGACAAGAGCCAAUCCCUCAAUGAUAAUAAUGAAUCUCCCUCUAAGUUUCAAUUGAAUGAACAUCACUCUGGCACGUCAUUUCGCAAAUUGGUUUGUUCCGAAUUGGAGGAUCAAGAGGAGGAAUUUUUUAGAUUUUCAGAAACAGCUAACACAUGUGAAUCAUUGGAUAUAUCCUGUGUGCCAGAGUCAACCUAUGUUCCUGAAACUGCAAUAGAGAAUGAAAUAGAGACAAUGUCUGGGGCAGUGUCUUCUGGGCAUCCUGCUGUUCCUCCAGAAAUUUCAGUGAAUAAUGAGUUGAAACCAUUGGGUGUUCGUAGGCGGUUAGUAAAAUUUCCAGAAAAUCCAUGUUUGUUGGUUAAUAAUGGAUUUCCAGAAUCCCCUUCAAAAGAGGCUGUGCAAGAUUUGUACAAUGAAAAUCCCAAAACUGCAAUUGUCCAUGUGAUGGACGAGUGUAGUCGUGUGGAUUUCCAGCUUAAGUCAAAGUUUGUUGAGUCCACUCCGAUGAUAGAGACAGAUACAGUACAAAAAUGGUGGAGAAAUCUCCGUGAGUGUCAAACAGAUUUAGGACGGCAUGCCACGUCGGAGCAGCUAGGCACAUUUGAAGUGGUUAAACUGGUUAGCGAGCUAAGCAAUCUAAUUUCAGAAGCUGAUUUGUUUUUUGAUCACCGUGGACAAUGUGAUGUUAUGGAACCUGCAAUGUCCUUGUCUGGGGAAGCCACAGCUAGUUGGUAUGAUGAGGAAAUAAUGAUGUCCACUGUUGCUGUUUCUGGGUUUUGCUUUUAUGUUAAUCGUAUAGCAGAUGAAGGAUCAAAGUUAGGUUUUGAGAACAAGGUUGAUUUAACUUCUGAGAUGUUGGCUUCCACAACUAAUAUUAUGACAUUGGGGAAAUUAUCCAGAGCAGAUCUCACAAAAAGCACUGAUAUCUAUACUGGAAAGGAAUCAGAGUUGGACAACCCAGUUUAUGAUGUGCAUAAGAGUGAAAACAAUACAUCUCUGUUCAACAUCAUCCAGUCUAUUGUUCCUGCAAGAAUAUCCUUGGUACUGAAAGGUGUUGCUUUCAAUGAAUAUCUAUCUUCAAUGCGCCAAAUUUCAAGAUCAGAAGAUUUCCGAGUUUCACAAGGUGUUAAGAGACGAGGAAGGGUGCGGGGCAGUCAACAUUACUUGAGUAAAUGUACAAUGUUAUCUCCUGAAGAUAUAUCAUUAGUGAGUGAACGUGAUUUCUGCAAAAAGAUUUCUUCACAAUGUACAGCUAACGAGGAAAACAAGCAUACAUGAUUAAACUUUAUUGAUAGCUUUUGUUCAUUCUAUGAUAUAUUUGCUACAGAGAAGCAACUAGAAGUUGCUGAAUGAUUGACACAGGACGAGGUCCGCGAAACUUGUUUUUGCCCCUGAUGAUUAUUAUGGUCAAUUUAUGGGGCAGAGAUUGUAAAUUGAACUAGUGGUAGCACAUAGUUGCAGUAGCAGAGGUGGAAAUUCUGAAAAUAACCUAUACUUGCUCCUUUUUUGUAAAGCUUAGGUGAUUCUUUC